CUAAGUUUUAUACCAUUUCACACCUCAAGUAUCCUUCAAAGCUUAAGAAGCAAAAUGGUAAACACCGGUCUUCCAGCAGGGUGGGAAGUUCGCCAUUCGAACUCCAAAAACCUUCCCUACUACUUCAACCCCGCUACCAGAGAGUCACGAUGGGAACCUCCAGCGGAUACCGAUAUGGAGACUCUUAAGAUGUACAUGGCAACAUAUCACAGCGGCGCCGCUACUUACCAUGAAGCCCCGAGUCAAGAAGGCAAGAUCCGUUGCAGUCACCUCCUAGUCAAGCACAGAGACAGCAGGCGACCGAGCAGCUGGAGGGAGGCCGAGAUUACUCGAACAAAAGAGGAGGCGCGCGAGAUUUUGCGCGGUCAUCAGGAGCGAAUCAUGCGAGGGGAGAUCCGGCUCGGAGAUCUUGCGAUGUCCGAGUCGGACUGCAGUAGUGCUAGGAAGAAGGGCGAUCUCGGCUUCUUUGGCCGUGGUGAAAUGCAGAAAGAGUUCGAGGAGGCAGCGUUCGCAUUGCAACCGGGUCAAGUCAGUGACAUUGUCGAAUCAGGGUCUGGUCUUCAUCUCAUCGAGCGGCUACAAUAGAUAUUGUUGGGCAUUGUUAUUUUGGUAUAUUUGAGUUGCAUGGGGGAAAACAAUCAAUCCUUUCGAUCAUAUAUACUGGCUCUCUGGUUUUAGGCAUGUGUUGCGUUGCACAUACAAAUCAUCUUGCUCUGUAGACCCUCUAUCAUGCUGGAGAGACCCCUAUUACAUGUUUAGAUAGUCCUGACUCCUGAAGCUUUGGCUAACAUUAACGCAACUACUUUUCACUGCCUAGAAGUUGUUUCGGCAACUAAUCCAUGGCAGUUAUUUCGCCUGGU